AUGUCAGAGGAAGAAAAGACUCCUUCAACGCCCAACAAGGCCAUCGCCGCGCUCAGCACCAACAGCCCUCGCGCCGAGUCGCCGACGACUGCUCGCCCGCUCAACUUCGAUGAUGAAGAGCCCCAGGAAAGUGGAAUAAUAUCUACAGCGACAGGAUCUGUCCCGCAGUCUGACCCCGAAACUGCCCCGGCCCCCCCACCAAAGCCCCCUCGGCCCUUGAGCCCGCGCGAGCAGUCGGAGCUCACCCUCAAGGAAGCUUUCCCGUCUCUCGAUGGUGCUGUAGUCAAGGCAGUGCUGGUGGCAAGCAAUUGGCAUGUCGAACGAGCCUUCAACGCUCUUCUGGGUAUGACCGAUCCCACGGCCCAAGAAGAUAUGGUCCCUCCCCCGAAGCCGCCCCGUCCAGAUCAGCCCCCCACCACCACCGACUGGAGACAAGUGGAAGCCGAUGAACGGUAUGCACGCCAACUCGCCGAGCACUACAACUCCUCCCGCCGGGGGCCCCGUCCAGGGUGGGAGAGUGACCCGCGGUAUCAGCGCCCCAGAGGUAGCGAGGAGGAUGAAGAGAGAGACUACAGCUUUUUUGAUGAUGAUCUGCCCGUGAUCCGGGAGAAUAUCAAGAAAGGCUUCUUGGAGACACAGACCAAGGUCAACUCGUGGGUUGCGAAUUUAAAGAAGAGAAUUGACGGGGAGGAUGUGGACGAGGAGGACGACGGCUACUCUGCGCCGCCCCAGACAUAUGGUCGCCCACGGCGCAGUGGCGACAUGGGCCGUCGCAGCGGAGAUCGCGAACAUUAUGAUGCAGAUCCUCAGGUGCUAGGCGAUGAUUUUUCAGCGCUUGAGCUGAGAGACUCAGAGGCUCCUCCCACGCGCCCACCCCGUCCUGGGGCCAACUCCGGUUUCCACAAAGCGCCUUCCCCAUCGCCAGACCGACGCAAAGUGUCUUUCCAGGAGGGUCCGCCCACUGAGAUUGAUACUUCGGCCGCGCGGCAGUCUUCAACGGGCAACAAGGCGAGCAAAUGGCAGCCUCUGUCUCAAGUGGACCCGUCCCCCGUCGCCGAAAAUGAUCCAUUCAGUUUGGGCGACAGUGAUGAUGAGAAGGACACGAAAACCAAGGAGCAGACCACAGUCCCGGAGAGCGAACAGAUCAAGAAAGCCACGGAGGAGGCCAUGUCGGGCAACAUGGGUUCUUCCAAGGACAGCAAGCCGGACGAGUCUUCGAAGUGA